AUGAUCCAAGUUGAAAUGAAAAGACACGCUCAGGUUUACGCAGUGAAAGCGGCUGAUGAGCGAAAUCAUCGUUGCGGGAGGAUAUCAUUGGCCACGGCAACCAUCACCGGAACGUUGAUGGUGGGGAUUCCAAUUUUGCAACUACUGCUGGGCUGCCUUCCUCUGGCCGCAGCGCACAACUCCCGUGACUAUUGGAAUCCAUGCCGAGAGGCUCUAUUGACGGCCGACCAGAAUAGCGAUGGUUUUUUCAACCGAUACCCCGAGUAUUCCAUGUUCCUUAAUAAACUCAUGCUGGCAAAGAUGCCCCACGAAGAUGAUGAUACGGGGCCGACGUCAUUUUGGAACAGCAAUGUCAAUGACGAGACUGUAACGCGAGAGUUCCAAGAGCUGUUUGACCAGCAGAUGAACGAGUUGAUGGACAUUAGCGUUCUUCAAAGUCCCGAAACGCCGAUGGUUACCCAAGACAGCAACUUACUAUUCAUGGACAUUUGCUACACUGCGUGGGAAGCACUUCGUCAAGAACCACGAGGCAAUAAGUCAGCUUUCUUCCAAGAGAAGCAACAGUCCAUAACAGACGACAACACGUCUACGGCACACGACCAACAACAACGGCAGCAAGAAGACGUGGAGCGUUGCACUCUUGUUUCGCGAGAAUAUCAAGUUCUGAUUGACAUUCGGAUUUGGUUUCCUGGCGAGGAAUCUACGGCUUGUGACGCAGAUGAAGAGAGCAACAUCGUCUUCCAUGUUCAAAAGGCAUUCAACAAUGGCCUGAAAGACAUGCAAGGCAGCAUCGCCUUGAACCAAUUUACAUUCGACUAUGAACAAGAAGAAGUCGCGCACCAAGCGACUCCGGUUAACUACCGACGACGGGAAGAUACCCAAAGCAAGCACUACAAUAAGCAUGUCAAAGGAAGCGCACGCAACAAAACAUGCCCACUUCGAACAGAACCGUGUAAGAACGGCGACUCAAAGAUUUGUCGUUGGGGGUGUCUGACGGCAACAAUAAACGACUGCAAGGAUACAUCAAGAAAUGUGGACUGGAACAAGCUAAGCCCCGGCAUCCAAACCCAGCUGAGGACACUGGGGUACAAGUGUCUGGGAGUACCAGAAAACCUUAGCAUUUUCCUACAGGCAAUAUCACUAGACAGAAUAAACAUCAUGGCAUCUACAAGUGCCUUCGGGUCUCCACUACAACCAAUGAAGCAAUCUCCAAUCAAAACACUAGGUCCAAUAUCAAUGCCACAAAUGGAAUCAAGACCAAAGAGACACCUUGAAGAAGCAUCAAGUGUGGCUCCCAGCACAGCAAGUGCAGCUCCCAGUGCGGCUAGUGAGGCUCCGAGUUUAGCAAGUGAGGCUCCGAGUUUAACAAGUGAGGCUCCGAGCGCAGCAAGUGAGGCUCCAAGUUUAGCAAGUGCAGCUCCCAGUGUGGUUAGUGAGGCUCCAAGUUUAGCAAGUGAGGCUCCAAGCACAGCAAGUGAGGCACCGAGUUUCGCAAGUGCCACUCCAAGCGCAGCAAGUGCAGCUCCCAGUGUGGCUAGUGAUGCUCCGAGUUACGCAAGUGCGGCUCCCAGUGCGGCUAGUGAGCUCCGAGUUUAG